AUGAAUUAUCCUUAUCAUGUAGCACAACGGCAGCAAAAAACAAAACUUUUGCCAAUUCAUAAGUAUUUUAGAGUAAAUUUAAAAAGAUUUCUUUUGGAGACUUCAUUGAAUGGCCUAAAAUAUGUCUAUGACAGAGAACGCAAUAUAUGGGAAAGAGCCUACUAUUUAAUAUCAUUCUCCGUUGUCUUUUCCUCGGGCAUUUAUAUGGCUGUCUAUUUUCUCAACAAAUGGCAAAAUACCCCAGUGAUCAUCAGUUUAAGUUCAGAGACGACUUCUAUUCAAGAUAUACCAUUUCCUUCGGUGACCUUUUGCAAUAUGAAUCAGGCCUCCCGCAGCAAGGUUAAAAACUACACCCAGGAUUCACCGGAAUAUGCUUUACUACAAAAACUUUGUUUCCAGAAAUACAACUACACACGUUUCAGCAGUUUUAAGCCUCGUCAUGAUGGUGAUACUUUUGCGAAUUUUAUAGUUAAAAGCGCCCAAUCCUGUGAGAGUAUGAUAUCUUAUUGUAAAUUUGGCCCUUAUGAAGAAAAAUGCACUGAUCUCUUUCGUGAAGUCCUUUUGGAUGAGGGUCUCUGUUGCGUAUUUAACCAAAUGCAUCCAUUCUAUUUGGUUAAAGGAGAAUUCCAGUUUGUUCGUGAGUACACCUCAUCUAAUGGACGCACAACUAUUCCAGUUAAUUGGAGUAUUGAAACUGGCUAUAAGAAACCUUUACCCAAGAAAUUUUAUCCCCGAACUGCUGCAGGGUCCGGAGUUUCCAUGGGCUUAACUGUGGUACUCAAUGCAGAUGUUAAUGAUUACCACUGCAGCUCCACUAAUGGGGCAGGUUUUAAGAUGCUGUUGUACAAUCCUUUGGAUUCACCCCACAUCAAAGAAACCGGCUUACCAAUUGCUUUGGGCCAACAGACUAGGGUACGCAUCAAUACCAGACGAACGGAAUCGGCACCCACUCUACGUCGCAUAGAUCCCCUAGAUCGUCAAUGUUAUUUUAGCAAUGAAAAGGAAUUGCAAUACUACAAAUACUACACACGGCGAAAUUGUGAAAUGGAAUGUGAAUCCGAAUUGCUGCUGCGUCUUUGCCAAUGCAUUCCUUAUUAUCUGCCAAUGAUAUCUACUAAUGCUAGCAUUUGCUUUCUCAAGGAUAUGGACUGUGUGGCGAUGGCAGAACUUUCAAUAAUGGACUCCCAAACCUUGAAUUGCAAGGCUAGAUGUUUAUCUGGUUGUCAAGAGCUAUUGUUUUUCCCAGAUCUAUUUGUUUCGCCUUUGGCGGCAAAAAAUUAUAGUUUACUGAAUCCAUAUUUUAAAAAUAUCUCCAAAGCAGUGGUGAGCCGAGAUUUGGCUCAGGUAUUAUUUUACUAUCAGGAGAAUUUCUUUCGGGGCAAUACUAAGGUGCCAUAUACAGGAUUUACGGAAUUUAUGUCACAAACUGGUGGCGUUAUGAGUUUAAUGGUUGGCUUUAGUGUCAUGUCCAUCGCAGAGUUUUCCUAUUUUGGUAUAUUUAAAUCAUUCCUAGAUAUGCUGUUGCACAGAUCGCCCAAGAUCUUGGAUGUAAAAGAUGACCUAGAGCAAAAUGAAGCUGAAAAUAUGAAUGAAGACAAUUCUUUGGAUAAAUUUCAUCAUCGUAUAUUAUUUAAGCGUCGUAAAUCACUACAUAGCCGCAUCAUGGUAUGGGAUAAGGAUAAUUUGGAGCAGUACAAAGAAAAGUAUUGA